UUAGAUAUUCGGGUCCUGCUCAAUAACGAUAUGUUAUUAAAGGAAGAAGCUAUUGAAGCAUGUGGAAAAUAUAACAAAGAGCAACUAAUUCCUAUUAGAAUUGAAGGCCUACAACACAAAGUAUUGCUUACUGAAUAUAAUGAAUUAGAUAAAGGUUAUUUUUAUGAUCCAAGGAGUGGCAAAGCAUUUAAGUAUGAUCAUUUGCGAAAAGAAGUGUCUGAUGUUCAUCCUAUGGAGAGUGAUAUGUAUAUAGAACCAUGGCGUUCAGCAUUAGAAUCUUUAUGGAUAACAUAUACCCAAGAUCAUUAUAAACAUGGCACUUGUUCUGUGUUUGGUACCGUUCAACAUGGAGAUAUUGUUCUCAUUGCAUGUAUUGAAGAUCAUCAGUUUCAACCAAAGAAUUUUUGGAAUGGACGUUGGCGAUCCAUUUGGACAAUAACAAUUCCUUCUGGAUUAGGAGUAGCAGAUAUUAAUGGAUUAGUAAGAGUGCAGGUACAUUAUUAUGAAGACGGAAAUGUACAGUUGGUGAGUUCCAAAGAAAUUAAGGAUACAAUAACAAUAUCUAAUGAAAUACAAAUGGCCAAAGAAUUUGUACAAUUUGUAAAAGAUGCAGAAAAUGAAUAUCAGAUAUCCGUUUCUGAAAAUUACCAGACCAUGUCGGACGCCACUUUCAAAGCCCUCCGUCGACAGCUGCCGGUCACUCAUGCUAAAAUCGACUGGAACAAAAUGCUAAGUUAUCGGAUUGGAUCAGAACUGAAACAUCAUUAAAUGUUCACGCCGUGCCUCAUUUAUUUUUGCCGUCAAAUAUUCACUGUCACAUUUCCCAAAUAUUGUCAUUCCACAAAACGGCAGUCGUGUUACAUAACAAUAAGAAAAUAUUAUUCAUAUAAGUUAUUAUUUAAACUAUUUAAUUAUUCAUAAUUUACAUAGUUUCGUCUUCAUAUAAUUGAUUUAUUGAGAACAAUAACUGAAAAUGCUUUUAUAUUAUUGUCGUUUGUUAUAAAAUAACAAUUGGUUCAUUGUCGUUCCUUAAAAUCUGAUUCUAGUUUUUAAAUUCAAUAUGUUUAUCUUCAUGCUUUAUUUAUUCUAAUAAUUAUCAAGCAAAGAUACAUUGGAAUAAAUUACUCUACGCAAUCAAAUGAAACUUUUGAAAAACAUGAAAAAGUAAAUUUUUUAAUUAGAAAAAUUGUUACCAUCAAUUUACAUUCUUCAUAAGGAAAGAUUACAAUUAGGAGUUAUAAAGAAUUGCUUAAUAUAGAAGGAAUUCUAAAACUUUAAUAGACUGCGAUUCAAUAGAAUCUGUUGAGUUGUUAGCAAA